CUCACCAUCAGCGCCGAGUGCCCCAUGAGGCUCGUGGACUUCCCCAUGGACGCCCACGCCUGCCCGCUCAAGUUUGGCAGCUACGCGUACCCCAAAACAGAGAUGGUUUACACAUGGACCAAAGGCCCCGGUCACUCUGUGGAGGUCCCCCCCGAGUCGUCCAGUCUGGUCCAGUAUGACCUCAUCGGACAGACCGUCUCCACGGAAACCAUCAAGUCCAUCACAGGCGAGUACGUGGUGAUGGCCGUGCACUUCCACCUGAAGAGGAAGAUGGGAUACUUCAUGAUCCAGACGUACAUCCCCUGCAUCAUGACCGUGAUCCUGUCCCAGGUCUCCUUCUGGAUCAACAAGGAGUCUGUGCCCGCCAGGACCGUGUUCGAGCUGGACAGAGACGACAGGGACGCCCCUGUCUCAGACGCCAACAAGAAGGAAAGAGACGUAGAGACUUCAACUCCUCACACCUGCACGUGGUUACCAUGA